AUGUCUUCAGCAACGCCUCCCCAGGCGCCCGUGGUGGCGCCCAAGGCCGUUGCCCUCAUCGCGGUGUCGACUGUUCUCCAGGCUUUGGCCUUCACCACCGUCCUCCUUCGUUUUCUCUCGAGGCGCGCGAAUCACAGCAUCGGCUGGGAUGACUGGACGGCCUUGGUUGCGCUGGUCUUAUCGACCGGACUGUACAUCUCGGGCAUCUGUUUUUGCACGGUAGGCUACGCGGGCUUCCACAUGGAUGUUCUUCGGCCGGACCAACUCGAAAGAUUCCUUCUGAUUGUCUAUAUCGACAACAUCUUCUACGCCCUCACCUUGUCCACGAUCAAGUUCUCCAUUCUUCUCAUGUACCGGCGCAUCUUCCGCAGCAAGACGUUCCGCCAUGUCACGCUUGCCGUCGGGCUGCUAGUCCUGGGCUGGAUGAUCGGGGUCGUCUUCGCCCAGAUCUUCACCUGCACGCCCGUGAAGGGAGCGUGGGAUCCCGCUGUCGCGCAGCAUUGCAUCGGCACGACCAAAUUCUACUAUGGCAACGCCAUCGCCAAUCUUCUGACGGAUGUCGUCAUUCUCUGUCUGCCGCUGCCGUUGGUCUGGCGGUUGAAUAUCACCACCCACCGAAAGCUUGCUAUUUCAGGGAUCUUUCUGCUCGGAGGCUUGUACGACCCUCCUCCCUUUGAGUGGAACUUUUCUUUUUCUCUCGCGCUGACUGAUUCCCACAGCGUCUGCAUAAGCAGCAUCCUCCGCAUCGUGAGUCUAGGCUCCAUAGAUAACAACGACAUUACCUACACUUUGGUGGAUGUCGGCGUCUGGACGUCGACAGAGACCCCGUUGGCCAUAAUCUGCGCCUGUCUUCCCACGCUGCCGGCGUACUUCAAGGCCUGGCACCGGAAAAUAGUGACCACGAACCGCAGCAAAGACGCCAACGAGUACCUGCGAUCCCUAAGAUCCAACAACCUCGCGUGGAGAUGCACGUCCAAGAGCAACUAUGAGACCCUCGAAGGAGGUGUAGACACACCACUGAGUGACCUUCCGGCUGAGAGGGAGUCCGUGACUGAACCGGAUCGGGUUGUGGACUCGAGCCAGAUUCGCCUCUCUCAUCAUCUCACAGCCGACAGUAGCGAGCCCUAA